AUGGGCUUGGCCAGGGGCCUGGGCAUCGCAUGCGCGCUGGCCAUGGGCUUGGGCGCCUUUACAGCUACGCAGGUGGUCAUGGCCAAAGACGCCACCAUCAAGAAGUACCAGUUCUACUGCAUCCAGGGCAACGUUACAAAGUUGAAAGAAGCAGGCCUGCAUUCUUAUGAGCCCAUGUUGGGUGGGUUCUUCACUUGCAUCCUCACGCAGUUCAUGCUCGCAUUGACAGAGGAUCCCGCUGGGAUGUUGGCCUGGGGGUUGAUCGCGACCCUUAUCUUCCCCAUGUUUCUACUCAUGUACGCCGAGGCGGGGCGCUACGGUGCCACAGGCUUAGUCAAGUGGCCGGUGUUGGUGCUUUUCUUGGGCCAGUUUCUGGGCAUCAGCACCACCUUCCCCGUCAUGUGGGUGCCUGCGGCCCUCAUGGGGCAGGGCACGGGCGUGACGUCCAAGGGGCGCAUCUGGAUGACCAUACUUCUGGUGGUGCCCAGCACGCUGGUGCAGCUCUAUGUGUUCUUUGGUGACUCCGACACCAGGGCUUGGACGAUCUGUGCUGGUCUGCUGACAGGGCCUGGCUUGCCAUUGCUGGGAAUCUUGCUGUGGCCUUUUCCGUCUCCAGGCUCUGAGAAGCCGGCAGGGGCCGAGCAAAGCAUCCGACUGCUGAAGGGGGCCUAUCGGGCCUUCAUGCUCCCAGCGGCCGCAGGCUACUACUUCUUGAUUUACCACGCCUACCUCCACUACCAGACCCCCAAGGAGAUGAUCGCGGCACUCUGGGGCCCAAAAGCCGACGGCUCGGUCAUGUUCAUGACGGUAGACUCCUGCGUGCUCACUAUGGCGUUGCUCCUCUACCUCUUGAUGACCAGCCCCUGCGGGCACGUGGUGCUCACCGUCCUGUUUGCACCCGUCAUCGGGCCGGCCGCGGCCAUUUGUGCGGCGCUGGGGCAACGCGAAGCCAAUCGGUUGACGGAGCUUUGCGGCGAAGGGCGGGCGCUGGUGUGGGUCGACUGUGAAAUGACAGGACUGGGGGGUGAGGGUGGCCCUGGCCCGGAUACUUUGCUGGAGGUUGCCGUCAUUGUCACCGACGGCGACCUCAAUGUCGUGGCCGAGGGACCUGAUCUUGUGAUCCACCAGCCGGAUGAGGUUCUCGAUGGCAUGAACGACUGGUGCAAGAGGCAGUUCGGCUGGGACAGCGCGAGCAAGUCUGCCGAGCCCGGUUACUCUCGGCUCUAG